CUCAAAAUACUCUUCCCGACAGUUUGCUGGCCACACUGGCCUAAUUCGGUAAACUUGAUGUCCCAAGUUUUAUAAAAUAUAUAAAGAGCCGCCUUAGCUGGAGUCUGUUAGAAUGAAUUAACUUAGACGCACCGUGGCACUACAUUGUAAGUGUUCGAGCCAAGAACCCGAAAACCAAUCGUUAAAGUCGUUAAAUAGCAGACGUCUGGACAAAGUGCGUAGUUGAGUGAAAGUUUUGAUGGCCUUUCUUUGGCGCAGCGCACAAUGAUUGACGCAACUUCUGCGGAGCGGGGAAGCCCCCAAUUGAGCGCUCUCUUCAACGACAAUCUGAAACUAGCCCACGAAGACGGGAUCCGGAGCUCGAUGAACGGAAAAGCUGGACCGGAGACAAUCGACCCACCCUCCAACGUACCCGCCGACCUGCAGACAGACUACGGUAGCCUCUUCUCCGCUUGCCAGGAGCACGCCUCCUUCUUCGCCAAGGACAACACCGAGUACGGUCAGCGCCUGCACGCCGCCCACAUUGCCUGGCAGGAUUUCAUAGUACUGGCCAAUAGGCUGGUCCUGCAGAUCCAGGCCUUCGCCCACGAGUACGACUUCGAUGAACAGACGCCCGGCAACGGAUACCGAAGCUUCAUCUAUGUUACCAACGCCUGCAUUUCCCACGGCAGCAACAUCUGCCGGCAGCUACUUGCCUUUCGAUCGACUCUCUUCUUCCGCAAGAAGUUCUACAUGAAGGAGGUCGAGGCCUGCUCGCAGCUGCUCUCCUCCCUGUGCACCUGUAUGCAGUAUCUGCUGAUCCUGCGCCAGUGGUCGGUCAACACCGGCGACCUGUUCGCCUGCGGAAACCACACUGCCGAGCAGCUCUUCGAGCUGGGGGACACCAUUAAUCAGUAUUGUUUCUACGGACGCUGUCUGGGCUUUCAGUAUGGCGACUCCAUUCGGGGAGUUCUUAGGUUCCUGGGCAUAUCCAUGGCCAGUUACUCCGAGUCCUUCUACUCCCAGGAGGGUGACGGUGCCAUCGUGAAGACCACCCGGAGUCUGUGGACCAGCGGCAAGUACCUCAUGAAUCCGGAACUGCGCGCCCGCCGCAUCGUUAACAUUUCGCAGAACGCCAAGAUCGAUUUCUGCAAGUCCUUCUGGUUUCUUGCCGAAUCAGAACUGAUGCUCAAGCUCCCAAGCAUCGUGGGAAGUUCCAUUAAGGUGAACCGGCUGAUAGAGCUGCCGGCGGAGCCCCUUAAGCUACCGCGACGGAAGGGCUUCAAGCCCAAAGAGAACUCCAGCAGCGAUGUUAACCAGAACGUGGGAGACGAUGAGUUUGUAGAUAUACCAGUGCCCACGGCUCAUCUGGGACCUGGUCUGCCGGUUUCCGUGCGUCUGCUGAGCGCCAGGAGACGCUCCGGGAUGCUGGGCGAGGGCCGGUAUCGAGGAUGGCACAAGCCCCCACCGCCGAGCCGGUCCAUUCUGUUUCACUGCCAUGGCGGCGGCUUUGUGGCCCAGUCCUCAAAAUCCCAUGAGCUAUACCUGAGGGAUUGGGCGGUGUCCUUGGACUGCCCCAUUCUCUCGGUGGACUACAGCCUGGCGCCGGAAGCUCCCUUCCCACGAGCCCUUCAGGAGGUAUACUACGCCUACUGCUGGAUGCUGAACAACACCGAGCUCCUGGGCACAACUGCGGAGAGAAUUGUGUGUGCUGGGGACUCGGCGGGAGCGAAUCUCUCCAUCGGAGUGGCCCUCAAGUGCAUCGAGCAGGGAGUUCGCGUGCCAGACGGUCUGUUCUUGGCCUACUGCCCCACUCUGGUUAGCUUCGUGCCCAGUCCAGCUCGGCUUCUGUGCCUGAUGGACCCGCUGCUGCCAUUCGGUUUCAUGAUGCGAUGCCUACGUGCCUAUGCCGCUCCUGCCCAGGAGACGCUGAGAGAGAACGCCAGACACGUUGAGGAUGCGGCUCAAAUCCGCAACGCCCAGAAGUCCAAUGUGGGCAGUCUCAACUCCAGUCGCCGCACCUCGAUAGCCAGGAGCCCCCUGACACCCCUGGAAGCCAAUCCCGAGCCGGAUGACGACAGCAGUGACACCUUCGCCAGUGCCUCGGCCUCGUACCACAGCCAGACCGUGGAGCGAACCGAUCUGCCCAACACCGAGGGCGACAACAGCUCCUGUGUCUCCUUCGAAGACGACUCGCAACCCAUUGUCCAUUACCCCGUUGAGAUAUCCGCUGAUACCCCCCAGGACGCCGCCUCAGCAGCCUACAUUGACAACUUCCUGGACAAGUAUCUGAUUGACACCGCCACCAUGGAGGCGACCGAAGAAACAGAUGCCCCGGAACGACCUAAGGAAAAUGGACAUGGAAAAGUCAACGAGGAUGAUAAUAUCCUUGUGGAGACGGGACGCGAUCUCAUCGCAAUCGACACGCUUCAGGGUCGGCUUCAGGACGCCGUCAAUAACAUCACAAAUACCUUAACCCGCUACACUCAGUCCUACGAGAUCCAUGGGGCCAACACGGUCGACCAGCGGGACGUGCGCAACAUGGAUGCACUGAUUGCCAGGAGCCCCAGCGAGGAGUUCGCCUUUGAUGUGCCUAAGGAUCCCUUCCUGUCGCCCUAUUGGGCCAGUGACGAAUGGCUAUCCCAGAUGCCAGAAACAAAAAUUCUUACUCUUAAUAUGGACCCUUGCCUGGAUGAUUGCGUAAUGUUUGCCAAGAAACUCAAGCGCCUUGGCCGUGAUGUGCAGUUGGAAAUUUUGGAAGGUCUACCCCAUGGAUUCCUAAACUUUACCAUGCUAUCGAAUGAGGCCAUGGAGGGGUCCAAGCACUGCAUUGAAUCUCUGAAGAAACUACUUCAAGUCACUCCGAAGGACAAAACCGAAGACGACGAGGAGUCCUCCAGUCCGAGUGCCAGCUUAGCGGCCUCGUAGGAUGAGUUUCAAUCGGUCUAUACGCCUAUUGGGCUGGAGGACGAGGACCCUCCCUUGCCAGGAGGGUUAGAUUGUGAGUGACAUCAUGGUUUCAGUAUCACUGUAACAUAAAGUCACUUGAAUUCAAUCUAAUCCGGAUUCAAUCCUCUUAUCCUCUAGUAGGGAUGUACAGAUCGAAUAUUGUUAUAUGCCGGAACGGAAUGUUCAUUGUUAUACGCACCUUUCUUGCUUUGUUUAUUUUGUAAUCUCAACAUUUUUAAAACACUUUUAUACGGACACAGCUUUCUAUGUUUUAUAUACUCACGAUUUAUGUAUUAGGUCAUAUAUAUACAUUAGCUUUUAGCGAGCCAAGUAUGCAAGUAUUGGAAGCGUGUAAACACGCACUAUUUAUUAUACAAAUACUAUAUAUUA